CGCGGCCCUCGUGUGUUUAGCAGGAAGGUUACACGACUGUUUCCUUGCCUAUUGUUGACAUUAUUGUUAAGUUCUCUUUAACAAAGUGGUUUUUGUUUAUAAAUUAUCAGUUAAUUAAACUUGAAAUGGAAACAGACACUACUUCAAGCAGCCAAUUGGAUACUGAUAAAACAAAAGGCGAAAGCUCUAUAAAAUUGACCAUUCUCCAAAAAUUCCAACAGCUGAAUGAUGAUAUUCAAAAAGAAAGGGAAGUCGGACAGAAUGCAUCUGACAAAUCAAGAAAAAAUAAAAAAUAUACAAAUAAAGGGAAAAAAAGAAAGCAUCAGCAUGAAGACGAUGGAAUAUAUGUUGGUCUAAUGGAGAGAGAUGUUGGAAUGACAGAAUUUAUUAGCGAUUUAAAAGGAUUUAAGGGGAUAAUUAAACAUAGACUCUCAGAUUUCCAAGUACAUGAAAUAGAUCUAAAAGGCAACGUGGUUCAACUGACAUCUUUUGACACCCCACCUUUUGAAGAAGAUACAGGAAAAGAUAUACCAUGUGAAAAUUAUAAGGAUCUUAUAAAACCAGAAGACAUGACGGAAUUGAACAAAAUAAUGAAUGAUGAACAACAGAUUUCUUAUGAAAUAGAUGUAACAGGAAUGACGAAGAAAGAGAGAGAAAAUAUGCACAAAACAAUAAAGUACAUGUUCGACAAUAAGCUUUACAGCAAUACAAAAUCAAAGACGACUGACGAUGUUACAAAAACAUUCUUAGUGGUUAAGAAGUGCUCGCAAAAACCUGACAGAUCGAGUUGGCCUGAACAUGUAGGUCGUUAUUUGCAUUUCACACUUUAUAAAGAGAAUAUGGACACCACGUUAGUUGUGAACACAAUAUCUCAAAAUCUUCGACUUCGUCCCAAUCAUAUAACUUAUGCUGGUAUCAAGGAUAAAAGGGGAAAAACUUCACAAAGGAUGUGUAUCAAGAUGAGGAAAGCGCAGGAAUUGGUUAGAAUGAAAAAAUUCCUACGGCAAGCAUCAUUCGGCAAUUUUUCCUACGAAACUGCACCUUUGAGGCUAGGCGAUUUAUCUGGAAAUCAAUUUACUUUAGCCAUAAGGAAUAUUGAAACGGAAGACAGUGAAUUAAUAAAAGGAAUUGAACACUUGAGAGAAUUUGGUUUUAUAAAUUACUUUGGCAUGCAGAGAUUUGGUAGCUCUAUUGUAGCGCCAACUUUUGCCAUAGGCAAACAAUUGCUUUUGACAAAUUGGAAAGAGGCUGUGAAUCUAAUAUUAAAACCUCGUUACAAUGAAAGAUGUUCUCCCGAGUUGAAAAUAUGUCGUGAUGUUUGGGCAAAGACGCAGAAUGCUGCUGCAGCAUUGAAGCAUUUGUCUCGUAAGGAAUCAUCACUCGAAGUUCAAAUACUGAGGGCCUUAAACAAACAAGGCAAUGAACAGUAUUUCAAUGCUUUCUUUUCUAUACCUAGGAAUUCUAUGCUUCUUUAUCUGCAUUCUUAUCAAAGCCUUGUUUGGAAUAAAAUUGUGUCUAGACGUAUAAAGAAAUUUGGAUACAGAGUGCUCCCUGGUGAUCUAGUAUUAUCUUCAGAUGUUGAUGAAAUAGCCCUUGAUCAAGAUUUGUCUGAAUCUACUGAUCUUAAUGAUUGUGAUGAUGUUGAUGAAAAUGAAAUAGACAGUAAUUUACAGGAAGUUACCGUAAAUGCUACAAGAGCUCAAAAAGGUCGUUUGGAAGUGCGAAAGUUGUCCCCAGAAGAAGCCGAAAUGACAAAACUCUCUGAAAUUGUUUAUCCCUUGCCUGGAAAAGACGUUGAAUUUCCUGACAAUGAAACUGCCAAUUGGUACACAGAAGUGUUAGCUGAAGACGGCCUAACUUUAGAACAUUUUGAAAAAUCCAAUAAGGCGUUUACGUUAUACGGCGCAUACCGUAAAGUUGUUCAGAUACCAGAAAAUCUCACAUAUAAAAUAGUUAAGUACUCUAGCCAUGAUGAUGAUUUUAUUCUUUCUGACCUCGACAAAAUGAAAAAUAUUACUUUGAAAAGUUCACAAGAAGGUCAGUAUAAAGCAGUCUUAUUAAAUUUCAAUUUGAAAUCAUCAUCGUACGCUACAAUGCUUAUGAGGGAAUUGAUGAAGUUUGAUACGACAUUGUCAACUCAUGCUAAAUGGUCAAAAGAGCUCAAAAGUAACAAACCAGAAGAGAAGAAGAUUAAGUUUGAAGGAGUGGAAAUAGAUGGGAAAAAAGAAGAAACUGAGGCAGUUAAAAUUGAAAGAGAUGAUAAAGAAACUAUCAUGACAACUAAAAUAGAAACUGAUGAAGAAAAUGGCAAAAACUGAAAGAAUGAGUUAAAAUGUGUAGAGAU